AUGAAAGAUGACCGCGAUGCCCUCGUUCGCCAUGCCCUCAAACUUCGCACCUCGUUUCGGGUGGAGAAGGCCAAUUCCGAGAAGCCUGGUGCGAAUUCAGACGUACGAACCCCUGCAUACCCGCAGUCCCGAUACCCACGACAAUUGGAGACCUUCGUUGCCCAACUAAACCAUGUACGGGAGACUGGCGUACCACGCAAACCAGGCCGGUCUGCUAAAUCUCAAAACUCUAUCUAUCAAAAGGGUCUUCGCACCCGCAGGGCGGUUCUCGGUGAUGAACAUGUUGAUCGUACCUUAGCCAAUAGCUCGAGUGCCUUCUCCAGUCCAAUGCAAGAGAUGGUGACUGAGUGGGCCUGGGGAAAUCUCUGUAACCGACCAGGACUAACCCGUAAGGAGAGCACCCUAUUAGAUAUAGGGCUAUUAAUGGCACUGAACCGCACACCGGAGCUAGCGGUACAUAUCAGAGGGGCCAUGAACAAUGGACUAAGUGAAUUGGAGAUUAGAGAGGCUACCUUGCAUUCAACGAUCUUCUGCGGUGCGCCGGCGGGUAUCGAGGCAACCAGGGCGGCAGAAACGGUGUUGCAGGAGAUGGCAGAGAAGGGAUAA